AUGUUCAUAUUGCUUUUAAUGAUAACUUGGUUGUAUUUUAUGUCAAUUAUGUUUGACAUUCGAUUCCCCCCUGUUUUACGUGAUUACCCAUUUAAUAUUUUUUCUUUUGCUGACUAUAUCGUCCGUUUUUGUUACGAAGUUUUAGCUUUACCUCAAUCAAUGAGUGAAUAUAUUCGAAGUCCUCUGAUAAGAUUAAUGUAUGAAAAGUUGGAUCAUCAAAAUAAACAUUCGAACUCAAAUCAUGACCAUUGGUAUGAUUAUCGCGCUGAAUAUGUAGAUUUUGAACUUCGGGAUAAGUUUAUUAAAUCAAAACAAGAUGAAGAAACUUGCGAAUUUUUAAACAAUUGCUAUGUCAAAUCUGACUGGUUAUUUACACACUUUUACCAUGCUAUUGCUAAAGCUGUUUUAACUUGGUUCAUGACUUCAACUUCUAUAAAUGGUUUAGUUGGUCGUGGUUCUAUGUUUGUUUUCUCAUCAGCACAAUUUCUUCGCUUACUUGAUGUUAACGAUAGCUUCAAGUCGAAUUCUUUACUCGACUUAGGUGCCGGGGACGGCAAUGUGACAUUGAAAAUGGCUCCUUACUUUAAAGAUGUAUUCGUCACAGAAAUUUCUCCAGUUAUGCGUUGGCGUUUAAGUAAACAUGGCUUUACAAUAUUAGACGUUGAUUCUUGGGAAUUAAUGAGUAAAGAAUUUAAUACACCCAAAGUUCCAUCUCACUUUGAUGUUAUUAGUUGUUUAAAUUUAUUAGAUCGUUGUACAGCUCCAAUUACCUUAUUGAAACGAAUUAGUCAAGCUUUGAAACCUACGACGGGAAUUUUAAUUCUUGGAAUAGUUUUACCAUUGAAACAAUAUGUUGAAACGACUCAUGAUCAACGUCCUAUUGAAGUACUUGAAAUAAUUGAUAGUGAAUUAUGGGAAAUACAAUUAUCUAGUUUAAUUAAUAAUAUUCUUAUACCAGCUAAUUAUCAUGUUUUACGUUGGACACGUUUACCAUAUUUAUGUGAAGGUGAUUUUUCUAAAUCAUUCUAUUAUUUAAAUGAAAUUAUACUUGUUUUACAAUAUUCAAUAUCUAAUAAUACAAAUAAAUAA